GCAGCGUUUGUUACUGGAACGUCUUUCUGUGGGCAUUGCGCGUGCGUGAACGCCGACAGCGUUUUGUAGCGAACUGAGAGCUCACGCGCGAGAGGCCAUGGAUUCUCAGAAAGACAUUCAGCCUCCUAAACAGCAGCCGAUGAUCUAUAUUUGUGGAGAGUGUCACACAGAAAACGAGAUCAAGGCCCGGGACCCCAUCAGAUGCAGAGAAUGCGGUUACAGAAUCAUGUACAAGAAGAGGACCAAAAGAUUGGUCGUUUUUGAUGCACGAUGAGAGGAAUCUGCUGUUUUCCUGUUAGAAUGAGUUUUUUGUAUCACUGACUGUGUAAAUACAUGUAUGCAAUUUGAAUAGGCAGUAAUGGAUCGAAAUUGAGCAAAAUACAAUUUGCAAAAAACAAAUCUUGACUGGAUGUUUUCUUUUUGUAUUUGUGAUUUAAAAAUUAUAAAUGGAAAAAAAAAAAUAAUAAUAAUUUUGUAUGAACCCUGCUCUAAUGAAGUUGGGAGCUUUUAGUUUAGGAUGGAUGAAGGGGUUUUUCUGUUAGUAGUUGAAGUAGUAUUAGUCAUUGUUAAGGUGUGGUUACAUUACCAAAAUUUAAGUGAAAUGGGUCUAUUUUUUACGAGACCGUCUUGUGAAUGGCGUGAAUUCCUGUUGACAAGCAAAUACGAAUUAAAGCAUGAUAUUUGGUGGCA